AUGUCUCCCCCGCUGGAGACCCUCGCACUUGUUUUCUUUUUUCUUGUACUGGGACUGAUCAUGAUGAUAAUCAUGAUUCUUGUCAAGGAGUGGACAGAGUACCAAGCUAUGCAGUUUUGGCCGAAACUGCGUAGUACUCGCACUCUCGAUCUGGAGUUGGGCCUUUAUUUACUAAAGGACGUAAAGGAACUGACAUGGCGCGUCGAGCAGAUGGAAACUGAUAUUGGUCGCAAGUUCCAGCUUGCUGGAUACUUGUCUGAAUACCAUGAUCAACCCCCAUCCCCUUAA